ACUGUGUGUUGUAGUCCUGAAAGCUCAGAACUACAGGCUCAGAGGAGGGAUUGGUCUAUUUCCUUUUGACCUCGCAGUGACCUCAAUCUCUUCACUCGGAGCCAGUGAAGCAACAAGCUGGGAUCGAAUGGAGCAGACAUAACGGGAUAAACCAAGUGCACAGCCAUCAUCAUUCACAAACUAUUUCAAAUAAACACACGCUGUAUUCUGGAGAAAACAUGUCACAAUUGUAUAGAGGUGACCAAUAUGACUGGGUGGUGGUCUGCUUGAAGUAUCUUCUCUUUAUAUUCAACUUCCUCUUCUGGGUCGGCGGCGCUGCAGUCAUGGCUGUAGGGAUAUGGACACUGAUUGACAAAAGUGACUAUCUGAGUCUGUUGGCAUCCAGCACAUUCGCUGUUUCAGCCUACAUUCUCAUCUUUGCUGGAGGUCUGGUAAUGAUAACAGGCUUCCUGGGCUGCUGUGCUGUCAUCAGAGAACAGAGAAGCUGUCUCUCAGCAUAUUUUUCCUGUCUGCUGCUGAUCUUCUUGAUUGAGCUGGUGGCUGGCAUUCUCGCUUAUGUCUAUUACCAAAAACUGAGUGAGGAACUGAAGCAGCAUCUCAACCACACCAUGACUGAAAACUACGCACAGCCAGGAAAGAAUCACAUCACACAUGCCGUUGACAGACUUCAGCAGGACUUCAAAUGCUGUGGCAGCAACCACUCGUCUGACUGGCAGUACAGCGUUUACAUCCGCUCACAGGAGGCUGGUGAUCGAGUGGUGCCUGACAGCUGCUGCAAAACAAUAACACUUCAGUGUGGACAGAGAGACCAUCCGUCCAACAUCUACAAGGUGGAGGGGGGCUGUAUAACCAAACUGGAACAAUUUCUAGCCAAUCACCUUCUGAUUAUUGGGGCUGUGGGAAUCGGAGUAGCUUGUCUCCAGCUGGCGGGAGCAGCCCUGACUGCCUGUUUUAUCUAUCUGCUCUAUAAAGAAGAGGAAGAAGAUUUCUCUGACAUGUGAUUGAUCUGUGGAAUGAUCUUUACUUUUUGCCUGUAUAGAAGAAUUAAAAUGGACCCGUACUGAAGACUCUCCUGUACAACCACAAGCCGGGGAUAAACUGAUGCCUGCUUUUAAUCUCAACAACACUCUUUACUCUUUGUGUUUUAGGACGUGCCUGCAUGGCUGAUCAUGUUGAAACAUUCUGCUCUAGAGCAGUUGCUUCUAAACAGUUUUUUUUUUUUUUUUAAAGCUUGGGUUUCAAAGCAUCCUCCCAAGAACAAAAACAAGUAUUUUUAUUAAAGUGUCAAGACAUCUGGAAAUGUUACAGGCAGUAAGAUGUCAUUGAAUUGAAAAUAUCAUUGUGUAGUUUUGAAAGAAACACAUGUUAAAGCGAAUGUGUAUUUUCAUUUUAAAAAUAUAUCUAAAAAAAGUU